UCUCAAAUGCUUCCUUCCUCCAUCAACAAUCAACAAACCAAAUCAAAACUUGAACAACACACACACUAAAAAAAACCAAAGUGUUUUCAUUUCCAAAAUCACACACAAUCUUCCCACUUCAUAGCUUCGACAUUCCAUUUUCUAUAUUUUCUUCAUUUCAAAAUCAUCAUCACACUCCAUAUUCAUUCAUAUCAAUGGCUCCAAGUUUGAGCAAAGCUGGCUCCGAUAUUUCAGACCUCGUCAAUGGCUACACCGGCUCAUCAUCACCAACAAUCACAUUAGAGGGAUCAAACUUCAAAGCCAGAGGCCACGUCAUUCUCUCCGAUGUACCUCCCAACAUCGUAGCUUUUCCCUCACCCUACGGCGGCGGCGCCACCACCACCGCCGCCGGCAGCUUCGUCGGAUUCGACUCCCGCGAGGCCAAAAGCCGCCACGUGGUGUCGGUGGGCAAGCUCAAGGGGAUCACAUUCAUGAGUAUUUUCAGAUUCAAGGUCUGGUGGACGACCCACUGGGUCGGAUCCAACGGCCGAGACCUCGAAUCCGAAACCCAGAUGGUGAUUCUGGACCGCUCAGCCGAGGGCCGCCCUUACGUCCUUCUCCUCCCCCUCCUUGAAGGCCCAUUCCGCGCCUCUCUCCAACCCGGCGGCGCCGACGACGACAACGUCGAGAUUUGUAUGGAAAGCGGGUCGACAAAAGUGACCCGAGCUUCGUUUCGGAGCGCGCUUUACAUUCACGCAAGCGACGAUCCGUACAGUCUCGUGGAGGACGCCAUGGAAGUAGUGAGAGCUCAUCUCGGAACAUUCAGGCUUUUGAAAGAGAAGACACCACCGGGUAUCGUGGACAAAUUUGGUUGGUGCACGUGGGAUGCAUUUUACCUUACGGUGCAACCUCAGGGAGUUUGGGAAGGUGUGAAAGGGCUCGUAGAAGGCGGGUGCCCACCGGGUCUGGUUCUUAUUGAUGAUGGGUGGCAGUCCAUAUCCCAUGAUGAUGACCCGAUUGCCCAAGAAGGCAUGAAUCGGACCUCUGCUGGUGAGCAAAUGCCGUGUAGGCUCAUAAAGUUUGAAGAGAAUUACAAAUUUAGGGACUAUGUGAGUCGUAAAAAGUCAACCUCUGGUGGUGCCCUUAACAAGGGCAUGGGUGCCUUUAUUAGGGACCUCAAGGGGGAGUUUAAGAGUGUGGAUUAUGUGUAUGUGUGGCAUGCUUUGUGUGGGUAUUGGGGCGGGCUUAGACCCAAUGCUUCGGGUCUACCCAAAUCUAGAGUUGUGAGGCCUAAGUUGUCACCUGGGUUGGAGAAGACAAUGGAAGAUCUAGCCGUUGAUAAGAUCGUGAACAAUGGAGUUGGGUUGGUCCCACCAGAGAUGGUUGAUCAAAUGUAUGAAGGUCUGCACUCGCAUUUGGAGUCAGUUGGGAUUGAUGGAGUCAAAGUGGAUGUUAUUCACUUGUUGGAGAUGUUGUGUGAGGACUAUGGAGGCAGAGUAGAACUAGCAAAAGCAUACUACAAAGCAUUGACAUCUUCAGUGAGGAAGCACUUCAAUGGCCAUGGUGUCAUCGCAAGCAUGGAACACUGCAACGACUUCAUGUUCCUCGGAACCGAAGCCAUAGCUCUCGGUCGUGUCGGGGAUGAUUUUUGGUGCACUGAUCCAUCUGGGGAUCCCAAUGGGACCUUUUGGCUACAAGGGUGUCACAUGGUGCACUGUGCUUAUAACAGCUUGUGGAUGGGGAACUUCAUACACCCAGAUUGGGACAUGUUCCAAUCCACUCAUCCUUGUGCCCAGUUCCACGCCGCCUCUCGGGCUAUUUCCGGUGGACCAAUUUAUGUCAGCGACUCUGUCGGAAAACACGAUUUCAAACUGCUCAGGAGCCUGGUGUUACCUGAUGGCUCGAUCUUGCGGUGCGAGCACUAUGCACUUCCUACCCGUGAUUGUCUCUUCCAAGACCCUCUCCACGAUGGGAAGACCAUGCUCAAGAUAUGGAACUUAAACAAGUACACUGGAGUUCUUGGAGCAUUUAACUGCCAAGGUGGAGGAUGGUGUCGCGAGUCCAGGCGCAACAAAUGCGCCUCCGAAUGUUCCCACACCGUGACCACAACCACCACCCCAAAAGACAUUGAGUGGAAACGUGGAACAAAGCCAAUCUCCAUUGAAGCAGUGCAACUAUUUGCAUUGUACAUGUUCCGCGAGAAAAAAUUAAUUCUCUCAAAGCCAUCCGACGCCAUAGAGAUCUCACUCGAACCCUUUAACUUUGAGCUUAUAACGGUCUCUCCAAUCACCACCAUGGCUAACAAGUCUAUCCAAUUUGCUCCGAUUGGGCUGGUAAAUAUGCUUAACACUGGCGGUGCAAUACAGUCAGUGGUGUUCAAUGAUCGGGACAACUCGGUCCAGGUAGGGGUGAAGGGGACUGGUGAAAUGAGGGUGUUUGCGUCGGAGAAACCGACAGCUUGCCGGCUUAAUGGGGAAGAUGUUGAAUGUGGUUAUGAGGGGCUCAUGGUUGUAGUUCAAGUGCCAUGGCCUGAAUCUCCAAGUUUGUCUAUUAUUGAGUACUCAUUUUAAACUCUAUUUUUUUUUUUGGGUUAAAUAACGAUCGAUUGGCUUGAAUUCGGGCAACACGCCUGAUAGGAAAGUCUUUCAUUCACCAAACCCAACUCCUUAAUUUUAAUUGGGGUUGAUUAUUAGGCUUUGUUUUCAAGUUAGUGACUGCAUUUUUUUUAUUUGUUUAUUGAUGUAAUGUGUAUGAUUAUGUAAAUUUCUAGUUAAAGAUUGAAUCAUGUAUAAAAUUUACUUUUUGUCUCUGUC